CGCUAUGACAUAGGGAUACAGGAAAUAUUUGCGUUCCAAGGUGGAUGAAGUGCAAAUUGCUCAACAUUCAGCUAUGUAAUGUUCUCUGACAAUCCCAUUUCUAUGUGCCGGGUCGGAGACUGCGCGGGACGGUGUAACAAAAGGCGAGCCUUGUGAUCAUCCAUUGAGGAAAGAGUUGUCCAGUGUAUUGUCCUGCGACGGGUCAGGUACCUGUGGGUUACACAGAAGGAAAGCAGCAGGUGAGAGUCAAAUAACAACCACAAAUCCUAUGAAUCUGAUGUCUGGCUGGCAAAGUCCCGCCCAUGUAUACAAUUGUUACAGAAAGGAAAGAUGAUGUUCAAACACUUGGUUCCUCUGAGAAAUGGCUUCAACAAGGAGAGGACGUCUCGUCUUAAAGCAAGGCUUUUUUUUCUUUCUACCAUUUUUGGAUCCAUUUUGCUUGUAUUUUUCUUCUGUGAAUUUUUGGUGUACUACCUUGUUAUAGUUAAAUGCAGCUGGCCGGAAGUGAAAGGAGCACACAAGGAGGACAGUACUCCUGUUCUCAAAGUUAUGUUUUUGGCAGACACACAUCUUCUUGGUGAAAUCAGGGGUCACUGGCUUGAUAAACUUAGGAGGGAAUGGCAAAUGGAGAGGUCCUACCAGAGUGCCCUCUGGUUACUGCAGCCAGAUAUUGUCUUUAUUCUAGGAGAUGUGUUUGAUGAGGGCAAAUGGAGCAUUCCACAGGCCUGGAGCAGUGAUGUUGCUCGCUUCCAGAAGAUGUUCCGGCAUCCUCCACACACACAACUAAUAGUUCUAGUUGGAAAUCAUGACAUUGGCUUUCACUAUGACAUGACUGUGUACAAAUUAAGCCGAUUUGAGAAAACCUUCAAUUUCACAUCUGGAAAAUUAGUGUCUCCCAAAGGAAUCAACUUUGUCCUGUUGAACAGCAUGGCUCUGGAGGGGGAUGACUGUCACAUUUGCAGAGCAGCAGAGGAUCAGCUCAGAAGAAUUUCUAUCAAGCUCAAUUGCUCCAGGAUGAGGGAACAUCCUGAUUUUCAAAAGAAGUGCAAAAAUGUUGAAAAAACACCUGUAUCAGCACCAAUCCUUCUGCAGCACUAUCCUUUGUAUCGGAUUAGUGACUCUGAAUGCACCGGGGAGGAUUCUGCUUCUCCAGAAGAAAAGAAAGUGUUAUUCAAAGAAAAAUACGAUGUUCUUUCCCAAGAUGCAUCUGAAAAGCUGCUGCAGUUAUUACAGCCAAGACUCAUAUUGAGUGGCCAUACACACAGUGCCUGUGAAGUGCUCCAUCAAGGCAAAAUUCCUGAGAUCAGUGUCCCAUCCUUCAGCUGGAGAAACCGCAACAACCCAAGCUUCAUCAUGGGGAGCAUCACAGCAACCAAAUAUUCUCUUGCAAAGUGUUUCCUCCCAACAGAGAAUACGAUCAUCUAUAUCUACUGUACGGCAAGUGUGCUGCUCACUGGCUAUGUACUGGCUUGUCUGUGGCUUUGUAUAUGCCAGAGGAUUCACUCGGGAAGAAAACAAAAACCAAUAUAAACUGGAAUGUGGCAUCAAUAUGCUCAGGAGCCCCCCGAGCAUAAUGCAAGCAUGAACAGACAUUCUCCUCUCAGAUAAAACAGAGCAUAUGAUCAAAUGUGUAUUUAUUAAAUGGGUGGCUUUAUCUGUUGAGGGAAAUACAGUCCCGUAUCACUAAAGCAGGUGACACCCACCCAUUGUAUCUAUAGAACCUGUGGGAUCAGGCCACACUCAGUUCUCUUUUUCCUCUCACUCUUCAUAUUGUCUUUUUUUGUAUCCUUGUAAAAAUCAUGUAUAUUAAAAGGAGUCAUAUGAUUAAAAAAAUUAAUAAAUA